AUGCGCGAGCGCGAGGAGGCGAUGCGUGACGACCUGACCGUGCUCGUGCAGCGGAUCCACCCCAAGGCGGACGACUUCGAGAUCUUCGAGUUCUUCUCGCAGGCGGGCAAGGUGCGCGACAUCCGCCUCAUCCGCGACCAGCGCUCGGGCAAGUCCAAGGGCGUGGGCUACGUCGAGUAUGGGGACGUCGAGUCGGUGAUGCGCGCGCUCGCCCUCAACGGCAUCGCCUUCAAGGGCCAGCCACUGCUCGCCGCCAAGAACGUCGCCGCCGCGAGCGCGAUGAUGGGCGGCGGCGAGCCAGCAGCGCCCGAGGAGCCGCGCAAGCUGAUGGUGUCAGACCUGCACCCGCACAUCGCCGCCGACGACCUCAAAGAGGUCUUCUCGCCGUUUGGCGAGCUGACGAGCGUUGAGAUGCAGCCGAACGCCGGCGGCGCAGAGGGAGCCCUCGGCGCCGCGUGCCCAUCGCAAGUGGCCAGAGUGGGCGCGGGCGUCGAAGACAACAUCGGGGCCGAGCGGGCGGCGCUGCUCGCGCGGAUCGGCUCGGCGGCGCCGUCGCCGUACGUGCUGCUCAAAAACAUGUUCGACCCGGCCGGCAAGGACGAGACGAGCGACCCGGACUUCUUCGGCGACCUGCGCGAGGACAUCAUGGAGGAGUGCGGCAAGUUUGGCAAGGUCGAGGCGGCCAAGGUGGACAGGGCGUCGCAGGGACACGUGCUGCUGCAGUUCGACUCGACGGGCUCCGCCACAAAGGCGGCCUCCUCCAUGCACAGCCGCUGGUUCGCGGGCAAGCAAAUCACGGCCGAGUUCACAGACGAGGCCGCCUUCGCCUCGGCGCCGUCCGCGUGA